GCAGUCGACGGCGACUUGCCGCCAUGGCGUCCAUGCUAGAAUUCCGCACGCCGGGCUUCAAUCCCUAUGCGGUCAAGUACUCGCCCUACUACGACUCGCGCCUUGCCGUGGCCGCAUCCGCCCAUUACGGCAUCGUCGGCAAUGGUCGCCUGUUCGUGCUCGGCCUGGGCCCCGGUGGCAUCCAGCUCGAGAGGGCCUUUGAGACCAACGAUGCGCAGUACGACCUCGUGUGGUCCGAGAUCAACGAGAACCAACUCCUGGUUGCCUGCGGUGAUGGCUCGCUCAAGCUGUUCGACCUCGCCGCCGGCGAUUUCCCCAUCAUGAGCUUUAGCGAGCACAAGCGCGAGGCCUUUUCGGUCUGCUGGAACCCCAUUACCAAAGACAGCUUCAUCUCGAGCUCGUGGGACGGCACCGUCAAGAUCUGGUCGCCCUCGCGCCCCACAUCCCUCAAGACCCUUCCCGUCGGCACCUGCACUUACUCGGCCUGCUUCUCCCCGACCAACCCCGCCAUCAUCUCGUGCGUGUCCUCCGACUCGCACAUCCGCAUCUUCGACCUGCGCACCCCCGUGUCGGCCAAGUACCACCUGGUCAGCAUCAUCCCGGCGCACGCCCCGCCGCCCGGCCCGACCCUGCCGCUGCUCUCCACCGGCGAGGUCUUCGCGGGCAACGUGCCGGCCGAGAUCCUGACGCACGACUGGAACAAGUACCGCGACACGGUGCUCGCGACCGGCGGCGUCGACCGCCUCGUGCGCACCUUCGACGUGCGCAACCCGGCCGGCGGGCCCCUCGCCGUCCUGCCGGGCCACGAGUACGCUGUGCGCCGCCUGGCCUGGAGCCCGCACGCGAGCGACGUGCUCGCCACCGCGAGCUACGACAUGACGGUGCGCGUGUGGUCCGACGGCUCGCAGCUGCAACCGCGACGACCGCCGGAGCAUCCCAACAGCAACAGCAACAACACCAACAUCAUCCCCGUCGGCACGCAGCUCGGCCUCAUGAACCGCCACGCCGAGUUCGCCACCGGCGUCGACUGGUGCCUGUUCGGCGCCGGCGGCUGGCUGGCCUCGGCCGGCUGGGACCAGCGCGUGCUGGUGUGGGACGCCCACUCCCUGCUGCGCGGCUGAUCUUUUGCUGAGCCGAGUCGAGCUGAGCCGAGCCGCUGCUUCGUGAAGGAGCCAGUCAGGCGGUGUGGGCAAAUUGGGCAAAUGCUGCGCUUGUCUCAACGAGGCACGGAAGAAUGAAAAGGGAAGAUAUGGACAGCGGUUGACGGGUUUACUGUGGUACGGAUGGGCUUUGGAAAGGUCAGGUCCGGUCAGGUACGGGGGUUCUCGGGGAUGAUACGAAAAUGGAUUUAUGGCUGGCCACUGGCCCGAGUAAACGGCGUUUGAAAAAAACGGAUGGAUGGAUGAGACUUGAGGAGCCGCAAAAGACGUUGUCUCCUCAACGAAUCCCGGCGGAUAUUCGUUUUCCUUGCAAGUUCUCCCUGAUGCUAUGCUAUGAAUGUAAUGGGACGACGUCGGAGUCCAUCGACAGACACAGUCCUUCAUGGCAUUAGAUAUGCCGCUGAACAACAGAGCCAACCAUCAAAUGCAAUUCAUUACAUGUCUAUCAUACAUAGGGCUACAUGUCUAUCAUACAGAAGGGGAAACUGCGUCAAAAAUAAACACAAA